UCACCCCAACAGCUGCUUCUGCCUGGGUUAGUCACAGAGCAUCACCCUAUCCUGGUAUGCAGGGCUUGUUGCAUAGUAGGUCAUCAAUACUUCUAUUAUGAACCAAUAAGUGAAUGAAGGGAAGUCAGUCACGUCUAAGAGUGGACAGUCUUUCAUAAAUAAAUAAACCGUGAACUUAAAGGGUCCCCAAAUACUUAUUAAACUAAGUCAUCUUCAUUACUUUGGGGCUGGAAUGACAAUCUUUAUCUCUAGUUUUUCCAAAUCAUUUGCCCUCCGUGCAAUGACUGAGAUCAGAGUUUCCCUUGACACCCAUGACCUCUACAGGCCUCUCUUCUUUUUCCGCUUUAGAACAACUGUGCACAGCUCCGUCCGCCACACAGCUCCUGGGGGCAGGGAUGAGAGGCAGGACUCCGACGCGUCACCAGCAGCACCAUCUCUGUGCAGCCCCUCCCCGCUUGAUGGGACAUCUCCCUCCUCAACGGCCGCUGCUGAAACGGCGGCCACUCUCCCCCGCGUGUCACAGUACUCGGGGGAGGACGAGCCCUUCGCGCUGACCCCCGCCGCGAACUUCCCCGCUUCCGCCUGGAGUUCGAGGCUUCGGGCGGUGCAGUGGAACUCUGCUUCCGCGUCGGCGAGAAGCGUGGGCCAUGACGUCGUCGCGCCCUGACGUCAUGCCGACGUGCAGCGCGGUCGCCCGGGAGACCGGGAAAGCCGUUUCGCACCCGGCAGAGUCGAGGUCUAGAUUAUUUUGCAUCAGCGCUCUCAGUAUAUCUUGGGAAGUUAUGGAUCGUCACAUUCCUAUGCAUGCUUUACCUGAAGAAAUCCAAAAGAUGUCACCUGAAGAAAAAGUUUGUAAGUACUGUGGAGUGAGCUAUCUAAUUCUUCAUGAAUUUAAAGCUAUGGAAGAAAAAGUGAAAGCAAUGGAAAAAGAGAUGCAAUUUUAUCAAGGAAGUGUAGACCGUGAAAAGAGACUUCAAGAAAAGCUAAAGUCUCUUUGCCAAGAAUUUGAACAGUGCAAGAUUGAUAAUGAAUCUAAAACAGAAAGGCUUCGAGAUACAAGCAUGCAGUUAAAGAGUCAAGAAAAUGAAUUUCAGAGAGUACAGAAAGAACUGAAUCAUUUGCAACAUGAGUUAAAAAUUAAACAGAGACAAUCACAAGUCUCCAGUCAAAAAUUGUUGGAAUAUAAAUAUUUCUGGAAUAAGACUCUUACAUUACUUACUUUUACUAAGAGAGAGCUAACCAGUAUUAAAAAUGAAGUAUAUGAUAACUUUCAAAACUGGACUUCACUGAAAGGAGAAGUUUUCCUACAAAUUAAAUCUAUAACUGAAACAGCUUUGACAGAAAUAGACAUACUGAAUAAAAGUUUGGCAGUAUCCCACAGAAGUAAGGUAUGCCUUGAAGAGGAAAUGAAAAAUCUGAAAUUAUUGUCAGAUGCAGCUAUAUUGCGGUCUCAGCAGAUUCAGACAUCCAAACAACAAGAAGUAAACUUGCAAAUUAGAUGCCAAGAUUUACAAAAAGAAGUACUAGAUUUACAAUGUCAAGUAGAGGCGCUUGGGUUGAAACUUCAGAAUGCCGUUAUGGAGAUGGACAGCUAUAAAGAAAGGCUCAUGAAUAAAUCUAAUGAAGUUGAUGACUGUCAAAGAGAACUUAGAAAACUGAAGUUUGAAUCCAUCAUUUCUGAGUCACGGCACACUAGACUGCUUAAAGAAAAGGAAGACUCUUUAAUGACUUGUCAACAAAUAUAUAAAACUUUACAGGAAGAGCUGACUGCCAAAGAAAGGCAAGAAGAAGACAUAAAAAGAAGAAUUAGCCUGGCAGAAAAUGAACUAGAGAUAACCAAAACUCUUCUGAAUCAGACAAAGGAAGAGGUUGUAACACUAAAAAAUGAAAGGGAACUGAUGCUGGUUUCACAUCAGAAAAGCAUCGAGCAGCUGCAGGAAACCCUUAGACAGAAGCUGCUGAGUGAUGAUAACUGGAGGGAGAAGAUUGAAACUGAACUCUCCAAGGAAAGAGCCCGACACUUAAUUGAAGUUGAAGAGAAAGUGCUUCUCUUUAAGGAAGAAGCAAAACUGGAACUUGAUAUUGAAAAAGAAAGACAUCAAGAAAUAAUCCAGAAGUAUAAGAAGGAACAAGAGCAACUACAAAUGAAGAUAUCUGAUUUGAUCGCAGGCGCUACAAGAGACCUUAGGCUGGAAGUGACCGCUCUUGAAGAAAAACUCUGUGAAUCCCAUAUCCGACACACAGAAGAAUCUGAGUCAAAGGAAAAACAGAUUGAAAACCUUAAAAACUUGGUUGCAGAAUAUGAAUCUCGCUUGAAGAAGGAAAUUGACAGUAAUGAUUCCAUUUCAGAGAACUUGAGGAAGGAAACUAAGCAGAAGUCAGAUGAACUGGAAAGUGUAAUGCUUGCACAAGCACAGCUGAUACAGCAGCUUAACCAGACCAAGGAAGAGAACACUUUUCUUCAGGAGACAGUGCGCCGGGAGUGUGAAGAACGCUUUGAACUGACAGAGGCUUUGGGUCAAGCCAGAGAACAGCUCCUGGAGCUCAGGAAGCUCAGUGGAAGCUUACCGUUGUCACCGUGUGCCCUCAGCAAGGGCAGCCUAACCUCCCCUCCUGCCAUGACAGGCAGCAGUCGUGCAGAGAAAAGCCUUCCCAGGCUGGACUCCGAAAAAGGAACCAGAAUCCCCAGCCUGUGUGGAGGGCCAAAACCCACCGCUUCUCCAGCCCCCGACAACUCCACGAGGGUCAGCCCCCCAGGUUUGCCGGUUCUCAGGCAACCGUAUCCUCCCAGGAGCAGAGCAUCUUCAGUGAGCCAGACGAGGAAGAGGCUGGCUGCCAUUCUUCGGAGGAGGCUGAGUCAGCAGUGACCCCGACCUCAGGGCGGCCCUGCUCGGUGUACGCUCUUUCUCAAAGUGCCAGAGACUCACUGUCACCGAGAAUGACAAAGGUCAAAUUGUUUUCACAGACCAAGAAUGCAUGUCUAUAGAUAUAUUUAACAAAAGAAUGUAAAAAGCUAGAAAACGGUGAGGCCACAUUUCCCAAGAGACCUUUGAAAUUGCAACAGAUAAUGAGGUGGCUGGUAUCCCAGAGGGCGGAUUUCUACAUUUAUGAA